GAUGUUUUGCCCCGCCUUUGCCAAGCCACUUGAAGUGGGUAGGCAGCUCCUCUCCCACUGAAACCCGCACCCUAUUUCUGUCAGUACCCGGUAGCUAACUUUCCCUCCUUCUGUUUGUAUUCAGUAGUGUUGAUCUAGAUUAUAGUCAGGUCUUGGUGGGUCAGUGAGCGGCGAUGGCGAGUACCUCAGGCCCGAUGUCCACCACGCCGUGGGCGUCUACACCACCACCGUCCGCCAGCGGAGACGCUGAGAUCCACUGGGCAGACAUCGUUGUCAUCGUGGUGUACUUCGCCAUCAUUUUGGCUGUAGGAAUAUGGUCCGCAUGGAGGGCCAACCGUGGCAGUGCCAAGGGCUACUUUCUGGCUGGGAGAGACAUGGCAUGGUGGCCGGUGGGCGCAUCCCUGUUCGCCAGUAACAUCGGCAGCGGUCACUUCGUGGGUCUGGCUGGAACGGCGGCGGCGUCAGGGAUAGCCGUGGUCUCGUACGAGUGGAACGCUAUAUUCAUCAUGGUGAUGUUGGGAUGGAUCUUUGUUCCGGUCUACAUUUCUGCUGGGGUGUUCACGAUGCCAGAGUACCUGAGGAAGCGGUUUGGAGGACAGAGGAUCACCGUGUACCUGUCCGUGGUCUCUCUCCUUCUCUACGUCUUCACCAAGAUAUCGGCGGACAUUUUUGCCGGUGCUGUGUUCAUCCAACAGUCUCUGAAGUGGGACCUGUACCUGGCAGUGGUGCUGCUACUGGCCAUCACAGCUGUCUAUACCGUCACAGGCGGUCUGUCUGCUGUGAUCUGGACCGACACUGCACAGACAGUCAUCAUGGUAGCCGGCGCCUUUGUCCUGACCGGUCUCAGUUUAGCAGAAGUCGGAGGAUACAACGAGAUGAUCAGGCGGUAUUUCCUGGCCGUGCCAGUCAUCAGGGAUAACACCACCACGUGCGGGAUUCCCACCGCCGACGCGCUCCACAUGUUCAGGGACCCCGUCACCGCCGACCUGCCCUGGCCUGGCAUCAUCUUCGGCCUGACCAUCCUGGCUACAUGGUACUGGUGUACAGAUCAGGUGAUCGUCCAACGUUGUCUUGCCGCCAAGACAAUCGAACAUUCCAAGGGUGGGUGUAUCCUGGCUGGCUACCUGAAGAUUCUUCCGUUCUUCCUCAUGAUUCUGCCGGGUAUGAUCAGCAGAGCCCUCUAUCCAAAUGAGGUAGGCUGUGUGGACCCCGAUGAGUGCAUGAGAUAUUGUCAGAAUGCUGCCGGUUGCUCCAACGUGGCCUACCCGAAACUGGUGGUGCGGAUUAUGCCUACAGGUCUGCGAGGCCUGAUGUUAGCGGUGAUGCUGGCGGCCCUGAUGAGUUCUCUCACCUCCAUCUUCAACUCCUCUUCAACCAUCUUCACCAUGGACAUCUGGAGGAAGUUCCGCACGCAGUCCACGGAGAGGGAACUCAUGGUCGUUGGCAGAGUGUUUGUGCUGGUGCUGAUUGGGAUCAGCAUCCUGUGGAUCCCGAUCGUUCAGGCCGCACAAGGAGGGCAGCUCUUCAACUACAUCCAGGCCGUCACCGGCUACCUGUCCCCGCCCAUCUGCGCAAGCUUCAUCCUCGGCAUCUUCUGGAAGAGGAUGACUGAGCCGGGUGCAUUCUGGGGCUUGAUGUCCGGCCUGGUGGUUGGUUUGAUCCGGUUGGUGAUGGACUUCGCCUACGGGUCGCCAGGGUGCGGGGAGCCUGAGUUCCGGCCGGCCGUGCUGUGGAGGGUCCACUUCCUGUACUUCGCCAUGAUCUUGUUCGCCGUCAGCGCCAUCGUCAUGGUCGUGGUCAGUCUCUGUACACCACCCAUCGACGAUAAACAUCUCCACCGUUUGACUUGGGCAACGCGCCACAGUGAGGAGGAGAGGGACGAUCUGGACAAAGCCCCGGAAGUUGUCGAGAUGUCGUCACUAAACGGUGGCAAGGAGACGGCGGACAAGGAGGAAAACGGUGUGACCGUUAACAUUGUGGAGUCGCCGCCUCUAUGGAAGCGCGGUUUUGAUUGGAUGUGCGGCAUCAGCCAGAAGGACCAAGAAGCUCCACCGGAACCGGAUAUCCACAUCUCCAUCAAGGAGAACUCUCGUUCUCGUCUCAUCCUCAACAUCAAUGCCGUCAUCAUGAUGUGUGUGGGAGUCUUCCUCUGGGCCUUCUACGCUUGAAGACGACGGUUUCUCAAGACUUGAUUAGCCAAGAUUUUAUGAUUUUAAAGAAAGAUUGAAUCUACAGCACUGGAAAAUCGAUGAGAAAGAGAUAUAAUGAAAUCCAGAAGCCGUAAAAGUCGAAAAUAAGUGUAAAAUUGGACCGUCAUUUUAAAUGGAACUGUAUUAAGUACUUAUCUGGAAGACUGCCAUUACUUGAUCGUCGUUUCUUAGUUAAUCGAUCGUAGAAGGGAUUGUACUUAAUCCAUGAAAUCGCAAUCUUUUGUAACAAAAAUGAAGCGAUAAUCUAUGGAAUGUAAAAUUGCAGAGGCGUCGAUGGCGAUGCAAGGGACCAUUAAAACAUGGAAAACAAUCAAACUAACAGUAGUGACUGGUGUAGCAUAUUCUAGUUUUGUAAGCAGAUCUAGAUUUAGACCAGAAAGCUGAAUUCAAAUCGAAUGAAAACGUUUUAAAGUUGUUUGCUGUAUGUAAAUAUGUUGCGAGCUUUAAGUAUCUUCAUAUCAUGAGCUUUUGGAUUUAUUUUAGUGGUGUGUAAAUUGUAGGCCUGUACAGGCUGUAAUAAAAAAAAUGGCAUCUG